CCCACCCUGGUACGUCAGACAGCAAUGGCGGCCUUCGCUGUAGCACGGAGUAGCUGUGGUCUGCUUUCCGGACUAAAAGCUUAUUUUAAAACAUUCGGACAGGUAAAACAUGGCGUGGCUUCGGCAGCGGUUGCACAGUCCCACACGCAGCAACAGUCGCGGCGGUGGUAUUCCGUUAGUCAUCUCUCCGUCCAGGAGAGGAUAGACAGAAAGAGGAAUGCUGCGCUGAUCGGAGGAGGUCAGAAGAGAAUUGACGCGCAACACAAAAGGGGGAACCUGACAGCCAGAGAGAGAGUUGAGUUGCUGUUGGAUAAAGACUCGUUUGUAGAGUGUGACAUGUUUGUGGAACAUCGCUGCUCUGACUUCGGCAUGGAAGAGGACCACAACAAGUUCGCAGGGGACAGUGUGGUGACUGGACAGGGGAGGAUCAAUGGACGGCUGGUGUACGUCUUCAGUCAGGACUUCACAGUAUUUGGAGGCAGUCUGUCUGGGGCUCACGCACAGAAGAUCUGUAAGAUCAUGGACCAGGCCAUGAUGGUGGGUGCUCCAGUCAUUGGUCUAAACGACUCUGGCGGAGCCAGGAUCCAGGAGGGGGUGGAGUCACUGGCUGGAUACGCCGACAUCUUCCUGAGGAAUGUGAUGGCUUCAGGUGUGGUUCCUCAGAUCUCUCUGAUCAUGGGUCCCUGUGCUGGAGGAGCUGUCUACUCUCCUGCCCUGACCGACUUCACCUUCAUGGUCAAGGACACCUCAUACCUGUUCAUCACAGGUCCUGACGUAGUGAAGUCUGUCACCAAUGAAGACGUCACUCAGGAGGAACUGGGAGGAGCUAAAACACACACCGCCGUGUCAGGCGUCGCUCACCGUGCGUUUGAGAACGACAUCGAUGCUCUGCUCAACCUCCGAAACUUCUUCAACUUCCUUCCUCUUAGCAACCAGGACCCCGCCCCUGUUACCGAGUGCCACGACCCCAGUGAUAGACUGGUUCCUGGUCUGGACACCAUUGUUCCAUUUGAGACCACUAAAGCCUACGACAUGCUGGACAUCAUCCAGGGGAUUGCGGACGAGAGGGAGUUCUUUGAGAUCAUGCCUAACUACGCUAAAAACAUCGUAGUGGGAUUCGCUCGCAUGAACGGACGAACUGUUGGAAUUGUAGGGAAUCAACCUAAAGUAGCGUCUGGUUGCUUGGACAUUAACUCAUCAGUGAAGGGAGCUCGCUUCGUUCGUUUCUGCGACGCUUUCAACAUCCCCAUCCUCACCUUCGUGGAUGUGCCCGGCUUCCUGCCAGGUACGUCUCAGGAGUAUGGCGGUAUCAUCCGACACGGGGCCAAGCUACUGUUUGCCUUUGCUGAGGCCACCGUCCCCAAGAUCACCAUCAUCACUAGGAAGGCCUACGGAGGAGCGUAUGACGUCAUGAGUUCCAAGCACCUGAGAGGAGAUGUGAACUACGCCUGGCCGUCUGCAGAGGUGGCCGUGAUGGGAGCCAAGGGAGCUGUACAGAUCAUCUUCAGAGGGAAAUCCAACCAGGCAGAGCAGGAGGCUGAAUACGUAGAGAAGUUCGCCAACCCUUUCCCUGCCGCUGUCAGAGGGUUCGUGGAUGACAUCAUCGUGCCGUCGACCACCCGGAAGAGGAUCUGUAGGGAUCUGGAGGUUCUGGCCUCCAAGAAACAGACCAACCCCUGGAAGAAACACGCCAACAUCCCACUCUAACAGACACCUUCAACCACCCGACCUGUCUCUCACUUCACCUAUAGCUUAGACCAGGGCUCUUCAGCCCUGUUCCUGGAGAGAGACCAUCCUGUUGGUUAACUCCAAUCCUGUUCCUGGAGAGAGACCAUCCUGUUGGUUAACUCCAAUCCUGUUCCUGGAGAGAGACCAUCCUGUUGGUUAACUCCAAUCCUGUUCCUGGAGAGAGACCAUCCUGUUGGUUAACUCCAAUCCUGUUCCUGGAGAGAGACUGUCCUGUAGGUUUUCGCUCAAACCCCAAUCUAGCCACCUGAUUCUAGUAAUUAGCUGGUUGAUAAACAAUCAGGUUAGUUACAACUGGGGUUGGAUCAGAAACCUCCAGGAGGGUAGCUCUCCAGGAACAGGGUUGGAGAGACCUGGCUUAGAUCAAUUUAUGUCUCUAACCCUGUGGGACUUGUUUGGAAGAAUCAGCUGUUUUCGAUCUGGUUAAAUUAACACACCUGCCGUGAGUCCAUAGACUAGUUUGUUAAAUAAAAAUGUCUUUGUCCGCGUGUGAGACAGAAUGUUAUAUCUCAAUGGCAGUUUGAACAUGUGUGUGAUAGUCAGCCAAGCACCCAGAAUGUUAUAUCUCAGUGAUAGUCAGCCAAGCACCCAGAAUGUUAUAUCUCAGUGAUAGUCAGCCAAGCACCCAGAAUGUUAUAUCUCAGUGAUAGUCAGCCAAGCACCCAGAAUGUUAUAUCUCAGUGAUAGUCAGCCAAGCACCCAGAAUGUUAUAUCUCAGUGAUAGUCAGCCAAGCACCCAGAAUGUUAUAUCUCAGUGAUAGUCAGCCAAGCACCCAGAAUGUUAUAUCUCAGUGAUAGUCAGCCAAGCACCCAGAAUGUUAUAUCUCAGUGAUAGUCAGCCAAGCACCCAGAAUGUUAUAUCUCAGUGAUAGUCAGCCAAGCACCCAGAAUGUUAUAUCUCAGUGAUAGUCAGCCAAGCACCCUCACUCAUCCUAGUCACCAAUGCUGGAGGAAGGACCCACUUUGUCAUAAUUGACUAAAAGUAAAGAUGCCCUAAUAGAAAAUGACUCAAGUGAAAUUCACCCAGUAAAUGUCUUUUUGUUUUUUAAAUGUAAUUGCUAAAAUAUACUUAAGCAUAACUUGCAAACUA